UUCCUAGCCUUAGGAGUUUUCGCCCAAGCCCUUAUUGAUCACUCCCCAUUGCCAGUAGAAAAGCAUUCCCGCUCGUCCCUGCUGUGUGCAGCUUCAUCACGAGGUCAAGGUUCCCCGCAGCCGCGGCAUACUUCAACGGAGUAAGAAGCCAUUCCGCUCAUUCCUCUACAGCUGACCCGGCGCAAACGAGGUCAAAGAUGGCACCCUCUGCCCCAUUCAGGAUGGUCCUGCCCUGCCCGGGCUGUACGCGUGGUUCUUGGGUGGUCAUGACCUGCGACAUAGCACACAGAAGGUUGGAGUUAGUUCUGGUUGAGAUAUCGUCAAAUAAGGCCACCGCCGGUCGAUUCCACGUCACUGGCACCGAAGGAGGGGCUACGCGGAUAGCGCACCGCUUGCGGUGUGUUCUUCCCAUGGCACAGAUAGGUGAGGGGGGGGAAGUGAACAGCGAUGAAGGGAGGGCUGGACACUCGGACCACAGGGGUGGCGGUGGUUCUAAGGGCGGUGGGAUGGAUGAGUUGCCGACGGGAGGGGAUGAGUCGGCGGCUAAAGUGCUGUCAGUGAAAGGGGAAGCGGUGACGGAGAGACCUCGGCAGGAAGGGAAAUGAAGGUCGGGUGGAGACGUCGAAGUUGGAGACUCACGUCAGACAAGGGAAGUGCUAUCUAAGAGUGUACAGCAGACAUUCGACGAUGCACAACGGACAGAGGCUGAGGUCUCUGGGGGAAAGGGUGGAAGGCCUGGGGGCAAGUGGGGUUAUGAGGGUAUUGCGCACGCUGGGGGGGGGAGUGUGUCGCGCAAGGGU